GGGCACUGCUGGGUCCGGCCGGCCGGCGCCGACAACGCCAGCCAGGCGUACUACACCGCCCUCAUCAACGUGACCGUGCUGAGCCCCGAGCGGGGCGGCCCUACGCUGCUCAGGAUCGACCGCGGCCGCUACGGGCAGGAUUCCCCCAAGGUGGAGGUCAAGGGCCUGCUGGUGGCUCCCGUCCCCAUCAACGGAGUUGCAGAUCGCCUGGGCUGUGACCCUCGAACACGUUUCCAAGUUCCACCAAACACCAAGCAGUGGAUCGCUUUACUACAGCGAGGAAACUGUACAUUUAGAGAGAAAAUACUGCGAGCAGCUUCCCAUAAUGCCACAGCUGUGGUCAUUUACAACAAUAUAUCCAGUGAAGAACCUGUCACGAUGACUCAUCAAGGAACUGGAGACAUUGUUGCUGUCAUGAUUACAGAAUCAAAGGUUAAAGAGAUCCUGAAUUAUUUGGAAAAGAAUAUCUCUGUCCUGAUGGCAAUAGCAGUGGGGUCCCGUGUUCCUCCAAAAAACUUCAGUCGGGGCUCCCUAGUCUUUGUGUCAAUAUCAUUCAUUGUUUUGAUGAUAAUUUCUUCAGCAUGGUUAAUAUUUUACUUCAUCCAAAAGAUCAGGUACACAAGUGCUCGUGACAGGAAUCAGCGUCGUCUUGGAGAUGCUGCGAAGAAAGCCAUCGGUAAAUUGACAACCAGGACAGUAAAGAAGGGUGAUAAGGAAACAGACCCAGACUUUGAUCAUUGUGCUGUCUGCAUUGAGAGUUACAAGCAGAACGAUGUUGUUCGCAUUUUACCAUGCAAGCAUGUUUUCCACAAAGCCUGUGUGGAUCCAUGGCUUAGUGAGCACUGUACGUGUCCAAUGUGUAAACUGAACAUUUUGAAGGCACUGGGAAUUGUGCAAAAUGUGCCAUGUACAGAUAACGUAGCCUUUGACAUGGAGAGGCUCACCAGAGGCCAGCCAGCCAGCAGGCGGUCGGCGCUCGGCGAUUUUGCCAAUGACAGCUCUCUCAGCCUGGAGCCCCUGCGCACCUCUGGGAUGUCACAGCUUCCACAGGAUGGAGAGCUAACGCCAAGGUCAGGAGAGAUCAACAUUGCUGUCACAAAAGAAUGGUUUAUUAUUGCCAGUUUUGGCCUCCUCAGUGCCCUUACACUCUGCUACAUGAUCAUCAAAGCCACAGCUAGCUUGAAUGCUAAUGAAGCAGAAUGGUAUUGAAGAAGCGCUUUCCAGACGAUUGCCUUGGAGAGAGACACCUAUUUUUAUGCAUCAUUUAUUGAUCAUGCAGCACAAGCGAUUAUUUAGUACAUUCUAUUUUUUCAUAAAAUUUGCUGAUGCCAAAGCUUUGUAUUAAGGAAAAAGUGAAGAAAUAAAAAAAAACUUUAAUUAUUAAA